UGUCGAGGGCAAUCACCAAUCAACCCUCUGCGUACGAAUAACCUUCAGUUCAGUCUCAAAAAUGGCGGUACACAAAGAUCAAAGUAUAUAAAAUGGAUCGUGCAACAAUUUUAUCGUGCUAAUAAUAAUCAACAGCACUUUGGGUGAUGUGCUAAUUUGACGAGUGGCAGGACUAUUUUUUUUCCAACCCUGAAGAAGGAUGGAUACGAUGGAAGAGAAAGAGGAUGGGGAGAUAUCCUUGGAGGACGUGAGUUCCUCGGAUGAUGGACAAUCGAACUGCAGGUCCCGCUGGAGUCCCAGGAUAUCACCGACCAGGAGAAGUCACUCUGUGCUAGGCGCAGGUUACGGCAAGGAGAAUCGUCGUUACUCUUGCGAAUUAAAUUCUCGAUACGUCCCAAAUCCGGCAUCAAAACCCGACGGUCUCCUCCCAAUCUCAAGUGACGACGAUCACGAGAUUGUGGAGCUACCAGAUGCAUCUCGUCAACUCUGCAUUCACCUUGGCAAGAAGAAACGAAAGAAGAGAAAGAAGAAGAAAUCAGGUGAUGGUGAAAUGAUGAUAGAGGAUUAUGUAUCAUCAACAGCACCAGAUCCACUGAUUCUCAACGCCCCAGCGGCACCCACUGAGAUAACAGUUCACAGGCGAAGAAAAUCACAGAGUCCUCGGUCAACUCGUCGACACUCACCCAUAAGGAGGGACCGAGCGUUCUCUCGUUCACCACCGGACACUCCACCGAGGCCUUUUUAUGUGGGCGAAUCCAUUCCUUCUCUACCCGGACCACAUUACUUAUCACGAUCAAGAGUAUCCAAAAGAUUAAGAAGAGAUGCCUCAUCGGAAGAGGAGUCACCAAUAAGAUUUUCCAAAAUAGGGCCAACAUUGAGAUCCCCUAGGGAUGUAUCACCAGUCUCAAUUUCAAGAUCACCGAAGGCACACUGUCAUUGUAACUCACAGAAUUACUUCGCCUACACGUCCUCUCUCUUGAAGCACGUUCGACGGCUCGAGGGUGUGGGAACGCUGACAGCUGAACGAAAGUCCAGGGAUCAUUCGUCCCUAAAAGAGAAGCUGAACAACAUAAUGAAGACCGAGCCCCAGACGAACGAUCCUGACACGAAGCAGCCGAAGAACGAGAAUAUCAGUUAUCACUCAGCUACCGAAGAAGAUGAGGAAAAUUUGGACGUCCUGAGACGCCGAGCGCUGCAAACGAAGCAACCGAAGGUAAUGACCGUGGUGCCUGAUCACCUGAGUGACAAUGAUCCUGAAGCCCUUGAGCUCAGGAUGAUAGCCUUAAAGUCAGCUAUGAUAAAGAAGCACCAGAAACGUGUGGAGAAUGGUAAUCGGAAGAGAAAUAAUCCGAGGGACUCGAGUCUCUCUGUUGACAGUUUUCUGAAGGACCUAGAGCCGUGCAAUCCUUCAUCAUCACCUGAAAGAUCUCAAGGUGGUCAACAAGUGGAGGAUAUGGAGCUUGACACUGACGUGGAAAGAGAGAAGGAGAGUUGCUCUCCGUAUUCUCCCACUGACGAGAUAAUUAAGAAUUGUCCAGCCAUUCGUGACUAUCCAAACACGUCGUGUCCAGAAGUGAAACUGGAAGUUUCCACAAAGAAGGAAAACGGUAGCGAUUUGGGCGAUGUCGUGAAUAUGGAAGCCCCUUACUCCCCGACAGAUCCUGCGAAGACCCAGUGGGGAGCCACAAUUGUGAAAAAAACAAGACAAAAUGUUCUGAAGACGAUUACGAUAGAUAGCGGGAGUGAGAACAGUGAAACUACUCCUUACUCGCCAUCAGACUCUCCAAUGUAUGAUUUUGAGCUUCCUUACUCGUCCCCAGUCGAUCAGGGUCGUCAGAAUGAUGACAGCUUUACGGUCCUCGAGCCAUCGAUGAAUAAUCCAUCAAUAACAGCUGGGGACGACAAAGCAGAAGACAUUUGUGAAAAACCUCCCGAGGGAUCUUCACCGGGGGCCAUUGGGGAAGUCCCAGCAGUCAACAAUUCUUUCGCCUCUCAAAAUCAUGAGCCAACACCACAUGAAGGGCCACCUCCACUUCGUGAAAUUCCCCCGAAAGAGGAAAAUGAGCAGAAGCAGAGCACUUCAUCCGGGGUGCUUUCUAACUGCACUCUGACAAACCCUUACGCAACCACGAGAAGUGUUUCCGAAGUUACAAAUGUUGAACCCCUGUACCUCCGAGGUCUUCCAGAAGUCACCAAAGAGCCGAACAAAAUACCGAUUCUCGUGAACAAAUCCCUCGUACCAGCAUCAAUACUCAAAACCAACAAGAACCUUCAGCAGCCAUUGCCCCCGAAGAGGACGGAGACCGCGACUGAGCCGACGUUCAAAAGUGCUGUGAUGCAGCCAGUUGAUGUUGGAGUUGCCCCGGUGGUGGCAGCAACACCUGUUUUCCAACCGAUUAACAUUCAACCAGUUGUGAAGAAGUCGACGGUUGUGGCACCAGCAGCUGCUUUCAACAAUGUUUCUGUGGAUGACAGUGUUGCUGAGGAAUCUACAAACAAGGUAACGGUGGCUGCAGCGAAGCCCGACACUAGCAAGAACAAGAGGAAGAGGGGAAAACUAAAGCUUGGAAAGAGGAAGAGAAAUAGAGCCGGCGAGAGACAGAGAAAACGUCUGAGAGCGCUGAGGGCAACGAAUGCAACUCGUUUCACUAAAACUCACGUCAAUUCUAAUCGUGAUAGUCAAAUGGAUUCAGCUGACCUAUCCGGAUUAUCUGACAAUAGUUCGAAGGUCCUAAAUCCAGAAGAGCCAGGCACAAAGAAAUCUAACUCCACCGAAAAUGAGAAGGAGAAACAAGCAAGCCCUGUUGUAAUCAAGGCUGUGCCGAGUUCGAUAGAAGAAUCAAAUAUACAAAAAUCCUCAGAAGAUCAUAGAAAUGAUAGAAGCAGAAGGAAGAGUGCUGAUGACGAGGCAGACUCACUCAGGGCCAUGCUGUUAGCUAAUCUACAUAAUCGUUUAAAGAGCGGUGAAAGCAGGGGCUCUGAAGAGGCUGAGAAGGGGUCGAACGCGGUAGCAAGGGUUCAGAACUCUUGUGAAGUUACCCCGGAAGUUCAGAGAGUUGUCACGGUUGCUGAGAACGAAAGGGAUAGUCAUAAAUUAGUUGAUGAGACUGUAAAGACUUCACAAGCUAUGGACGGAUCGAGACCGAUGGCGAAGCGCCUCGUGACUCCUCAGGUACCAAAAUCCACAAGUCACUUCAGUACCACCACAGGAGUCGUUGAAAGGCCGGUUCAACGCCCGAAGGUUGAGGCUGCGCCUGCAGGUAAAUUGAGAGUCAAUCCUUUGAUUGUCAACGGACCACCGAAGAAAAUCGUCAAAAAAACUGCAAUUCCUGUCAGUACGAAGGUCGUUAACAACGCCAAGAAAUUCCAGAAUACUAGGAUGCAGAGGAAAAUGAUACUCCAGGCCCAGGCGAAAGGGUGUACAAGUAUUAGUAAUAUCUCUCAGAAUCUUAAGUUGGUGAAUCUCAAGGUGAGUGAGGCAAUCAGGCCUGCGAGUCCGAAAAUGAAGGCCUCGGGGGCGGUCCAGAGUCUUGUUAUCAAACUCGGUGAGGACUCUGAUAGCGACUCGGGGGCGGAAUGGGAGAAGAGGUAUCAGAGUAUCGGGGGGCAGAGGGAUGUGCUGGCGAUACCCACGACAGAUUUCGAGAAGAGUGUGGACCAGUUUUUGAAGGAACAGAGGAAAAAGCAGGAGACGCUGGCUAUCAGCUCAGUUGUUGCUACAUCAACACCAGCCAGCACUGCCAAGGGGACUGUCACGAAGACCAGUGGACUCAGCGCAACUCCUCUGGCGGUUCGGCAUCUUCCUCCAUCCCAGCAAGAAGAAUACAAACGCUUGAAGCAGCAAAUCUUCGAGAAAGAGAGACAACGAGCAACUCGUCAAAUAAUAAAUACCCCUCCAUGCCCCCUAUCUCCAGCAAGCCCCAUCUCUAGACCCACCAAAUCCUUUCUUCCAAAGAUUCCAUCAACCCUCUCAAAAUCUCCGAAUCCCCCAGACCCUAAGUCAUCCAUCAAAGCCCCAGUUUCAAAACCAUCAACAGUCGACGAGAACUCCUGUCAAAAGUCCUCACAACCAAGCCCCAUUACCACUAGAAAAGGGGCGAGUGAUCAGUAUAUCAUCAACAACUCGUCUGCAUCAUCUCAGAAAAUGGAAAACCUCAGUAUUCAGAUACCCAACGAUAAUGUGACACCUGGGGGUCGAAUAGUUUUUAAUAAGCCAGAGAAUUCGGUGGCAGAUUCGUCCAUAGUGUCUUCUGCACUCAGAAUUCUCACCACUGAUCAACUCAAUUCCAAGUUUGCCCAGGCCCAGCUGCGACAGAGGAGUAGAACAGUGACCGUGGCUGAUGGAGGUCUUGAUAAGUCCAUUGGUGAGCUAUUGCAAAGCAAUAAUGUCGAUCUUGGUGGUGAUAACACGAAAAAUAAUGAGGAUUCGAUGGGAAAUAAUGAAGUUAACGAAUUGAGUGCAAUUGGUAGAGAAACUGAUAACUCGAAUGUCAAUCGGACGAGCCAGGAAGUCUCUGGAGGCGAUUCGGGCUCUAUCACCGUGGAUUCUGAAGCUUCAACUGUGAUUUUGCCGCCGAGAGAGGCCGAAAAUGAGGGUGAGGAGGAGCACAGAGAUUCCGAGGACUCGACCAUCGUUCUGGAUGAAACUGUUGAGGAACGUCCUGUGGAGACUCAGAGGAUCCCUAGUAGAGCUAAGGGCAAGUCUCCAACUAAGGAAUAUUCGGAGAAGAUCAAAUCCGAUGUCAAGGCGGAGCUGGAAAGUCUAGCGGCGUUGAGCGAGGAGCAACGAUGUAUGAGGUUGAAGGACAUUGAGCAGGAGUUGGUGACUAAGAGGUCCUCGGUGCUGGAUGAUUUGACUGAAAUGUCAAGUACAUUGAAACAAUGGGAUCUGGAGCGUGAGCUCCAAGCAAAUUUGUUCAUCGAGGUGAGGAGACUCAAAGCUCAAUUGGCAGUGGCCGAGGCGCGAUUGCUGGAGCAGAAACUCAAGAUCAAUAGCCUUGGGCCGAAUGUAACAAAUGCACACCAAAUGAUUGUUGAAGGACGAUCUGAGUGCCUCAAGCUCACUAAACUCUGCCAGGGUGUUGGGACCAAAGUUGUCGGACCGCAAUAUAAGGUGCCUGCGACUGGUGCACAAAUAAUGAUAGAGAAGCUGAAAGAAGUGGCUUAUCACACGAGAGAAUUAUCAAAGAAGAAAGUGUCAUGUGAAAAUAAUAAUGAGACAACAAGUGUUAAUGAACAACAAGUGAAUCAAGAGAGAACAUUGACUGGGAAUUGUGAAGAAUCCUGGAAUCAAAGUGAUGGGAAUGGUGAUAACGUUAACAAUGAAGCAGAACAGAGUGAUAAUGCCAGUGGAGUUGUCAUUUCCAGAUUAACUGAAGAGGACCAGAGUCCAUUUACCGAGAGCGACCCUUUAUCUUGUGACAGGAUACUGGAGACAUAUGAGGGAAAUUCAGAACACUUGAGCACGGUGGAAAAGGCUUGUCCAGAAGAAUCGAUCGAGAGGCUGUCGCAGACGGCUCAUUCGUAUGAGUCUGUUCUAUCGAAUGUUCUAACGCCUAGACACAUCGAUUGUAAUCGUGUGCUGUGCCCCUUCGAGCUCACUGGUGUCUGCAAGGACGAUGACUGUCUCUACAAUCAUUUGGAGCCAAGAAACAAGCCGCAUGCGAUUCUCCAAUGAUCUAGGACUGUUUAACAUACGUAAGGCUCAACAGAUACGAAGAUAAAUCCUCCGUGAAGAUAAUAAAGCAUCGGCCGAUAUUAUUCGUUCCUCCGAUUAAUUUUAACGGCGAGUUCCUCUUCACUGGAUGGUAAGUUGUCUUCAUAAGAAAAAACAAAAUGAAAAAUUGGCUGGGAUUAUCUGUCACUGAUUUUUGCACCUAAAAAUGGGCUGUGAACACUAAAAAACAGGAUAAUCCACCAGGCCAUUGAUUCCUACAUUUUACGUUUGUCGAAAGGACAAAACAUACCGCUCCAUUCCAAAUAUUCAAUCUUACUAGUGACAAUUAUUUCAACUACUUGUUUAUUAUUUUUUUAUGUAUAUUAUAUAUUGUGAAGACUUUAAAAUGAGUUGAUGCGCAAUUAUUUCGCGGGUGAUGGUACUGUAAAUUGUCUGUGUAAUUUAAAUAAGAGUGAACGGACGUGACAGUGGAGCCGAUGUUUUAACGAAGAGAUCAGGCUAAUUUUUUAAAAGCAAUUCGGAAUGGAGGAGGGCAUCUUUGAAGAACUUAUUUCAGUUAAUCAAGUUCAACCGAUCGCGGUCGUACUUUGAGUCUCCUUUUUUUUGAUUCGUUUUGUUAAGUUUAAUCGCCCAAAUAACUAUAUACCUCGCGGAAAUUCAACUCCUGUACCUAUACAAUAAAAUUAUUAAUAUUUUUUCUUA